AGCUGAAGGCCGGCACAAGCACAUCGCCCAGCCCAGCAAGAUGACGGCCAGGGUGUUGCUCCUCCUGGCUCUCGCCGCCACUGCUGCCGCCGAAGGCUCUGAAGGAUCUCGAGAAGGGGGUUCCGAGCACUCUUCUGAAGGCUCUAACGAACGCUCCUAUGGACGCUACUCUCGAGGCUCCGACGAAUCCUAUGAAUCCGCGGAACCCAAAUACGACUUCAGUUACGAGGUGAAGGACUACUACGGGAACGACUUUGGCCACUCCGAGGAGCGCGACGGUCACUUCACCAAAGGGUCGUACUACGUGCAGCUGCCCGACGGCCGCCUGCAGAACGUGGAGUACGUGGUGGACGGCUACUCAGGCUUCCUCGCCGACGUCAGCUACGAGGGUGAGGCCCACUACGAGUCCGGUUCCCGCGAGUCCGGCGAGUACUACCGACCCGCCUACCGCUACGGCGGCUCCGGAGGAAGGUCGGACGAGUCCGACAAGGGGUCUGGCGGCGGCAACUCAGGCGAGUCCGACAAGGGGUCUGGCGGCGGCAAAUCAGGCGAGUCCGACAAAGGGUCUGGCGGCGGCAAAUCAGGCGAGUCCGACAAGGGGUCUGGCGGCGGCAAAUCAGGCGAGUCCGACAAGGGGUCUGGCGGCGGCAAAUCAGGCGAGUCCGACAAGGGGUCUGGCGGCGACAAAUCAGGCGAGUCCGGCUCACGCAGGCCCAGGCCGCGAUACAGGUUUGGGUCCCGCGGCUCAGGCGAGUCUGGCUCACGCAAGUCUUACAGACCACGAUUCAGGUUUGGGUCCCGCGGCUCAGGCGAGGGGUCAGACGAGUCCAGGUUCGGCUCUGGCUCCCGUGAAUCCUUCAGGUCCAGCUUCAGGAGGUUCAGGGGAGGCUCAGAUGAGUCAGGUGAGGGGAGGUUCGGCUCCGGCUCCCGUGAGUCCGGCGAGGGCUUCAGGAGGUUCAGGGGAGGCUCCGAUGAGUCAGGUGAGGGGAGGUUUGGCUCCGGCUCCCGUGAGUCCGGCGAGUCUGGUGAGUUCUUCAGGAGGAGGUUCAGGGGAGGCUCAGAUGAAUCAAGGGAGAGCGGUUCUGGAUCCCGUGAGUCCUUCAGGAGGAGGUACAGGGGAGGCUCUGAUGAAUCAAGGGAGAGCGGUUCUGGAUCCCGCGAAUCGUUCAGGAGGUUCAGGGGAGGCUCAGAUGAAUCAAGGGAGGGCGGUUCUGGAUCACGCGAAUCGUUCAGAAGGUUCAGGGGAGGCUCAGAUAAAUCAAGGGAGGGCGGUUCUGGGUCCCGCGAAUCGUUCAGGUUUGGUUCUCGCGGGUCCGGUGAAUCGGGCGGGUCCAGGUCCAGGUUUGGUUCUCGCGGGUCCGGUGAAUCGGGCGGGUCCAGGUCCAGGUUUGGGUCUCGCGGGUCCGGUGAAUCAGGCGGGUCCAGGUUCAGGUUUGGGUCUCGCGGGUCCGGUGAAUCGGGCGGGUCAAGGUCUCGCGGGUCCGGUGAAUCGGGCGGGUCAAGGUUUGGGUCUCGCGGGUCCGGUGAAUCGGGCGGGUCCAGGUUCAGGUUUGGGUCUCGCGGAUCCGGUGAAUCGGGCGGGUCCAGGUUCAGGUUUGGGUCUGGGUCGCGUGGGUCCGGUGAGUCGAGGCGGGGCUAUUACUACUAGUCCGCGCCUGUAGGUAGUCGUAGAGAUAGUCUUAAGUCGCCGCCGCCUCUACAUUUCCCCGCCGCCACAUCGCACCUUGCUUUGUGUGUAUCACCCCUCACUGCGCAUCCCAUUAAUCAUGCCAUGCCAGAAAUAAAGAAUAUAUUAUAUAUGUAAAA